AGCUAAACACAUUGUUGUAGGGUAAAUAGGAAUUCACCAAAAUACAUUGUUGGUAUCCUCCCUUCCCUUAAAAAAUCUUCAAAUUAAACUACAUGGAGUAUAUUAUACAGCUGCGCCUCCCCUCUCGAGUCUUGUGUACUUUGAAAUGGAGAAAUCUCAAGUCUCAACUCAAGCGGCAGCAAGUAGUAUAUUCAAUGGUCGAGGACAGUGAUAAUCAUCAUUGAACGAACGAUCCCGACAAUAAAUUGAGAUUUAAGGUUCAAACUUAGUUUGAUUCCUUGUUGCAACAAAUUUGAUUUCAUCACAUGAAACAAAUGAACGUAUCCUCAAAGUUUUCCUCAUUCUUCCACAACCCCAAAAACCAUUUCCCUUCCUUCAAUUUUUCAUCCUUCUUUUCAACUACUCCACAAAACCCAACACCACACAUUCUCACCAAAUGCAUUGCUCUCUUACAAUACUGCGCCUCUUCCAAACACAAACUAAAACAAAUCCAUGCAUUUUCCAUAAGACACAAUGUCCCACUCAACAACCCCGACAUGGGAAAGUACCUUAUUUUCACAAUUGUUUCGCUCUCCGCACCCAUGUCUUACGCUCACAACGUUUUCACCAUGUUACAUAAUCCAAAUGUGUUUACUUGGAACACCAUGAUUCGGGGUUAUGCUGAAAGUGAUAACUCUACUCCUGCACUCCCAUUUUACCGUGAAAUGUUGGUUUCAUGCGUUGAACCUGAUACUCACACUUACCCUUUUCUUCUUAAGGCUAUUUCAAAGUCGUUGAAUGUUAGAGAAGGGGAAGUGAUUCAUUCGGUUACUGUAAGAAAUGGGUUUGAGUCUUUGAUUUUUGUUAGGAAUAGUUUGCUUCAUAUAUAUGCUGCUUGUGGUGACACUGAAAGUGCACACAAGGUGUUUGUGUCAAUGGAUCAGAGAGAUUUAGUUGCUUGGAAUUCUGUGAUUAAUGGGUUUGCUCUUAAUGGAAGGCCUAAUGAAGCUUUGACUUUGUUUAGGGAAAUGAGUUUGGAGGGUGUGGAGCCAGAUGGGUUCACUGUGGUUAGUUUGUUGUCUGCUUGUGCUGAGCUUGGAGCUCUAGAGUUAGGACGUAGGGUUCAUGUGUAUUUGUUGAAGGUUGGGUUGACACAGAAUAUGCAUGUGAAUAAUUCAUUGUUGGACUUUUAUGCAAAAUGUGGGAGCAUAAGAGAGGCACAGCAAGUGUUUAGUGAGAUGAGUGAGAGAAAUGUGGUUUCUUGGACUUCUUUGAUUGUUGGUUUGGCUGUUAAUGGGUUUGGUGAGGAAGCACUUGAGUUUUUCAAAGAAAUGGAAAGGCAAGAGCUUGUGCCUGGUGAGAUCACUUUUGUUGGUGUCUUGUAUGCUUGCAGCCAUUGUGGGAUGUUGGAUGAAGGGUUCAAUUAUUUUAGAAGGAUGAAAGAGGAGUAUGGUAUUAUGCCAAGGAUAGAACAUUAUGGUUGUAUGGUGGAUCUAUUGAGUAGGGCUGGUUUAGUGAAACGAGCUUAUGAAUAUAUUCAGAAUAUGCCAAUGCAGCCAAAUGCUGUUAUUUGGAGGACCUUAUUAGGGGCGUGUACAAUACAUGGAGAUUUGGGUUUGGGAGAGAUAGCAAGAUCCCACCUCUUGAAGUUAGAGCCUAAACACAGCGGGGAUUAUGUGCUUCUCUCAAAUCUUUAUGCCUCUGAACGUCGUUGGUCUGAUGUCCAGACAGUGAGGAGGUCGAUGAUAGAGGACGGAGUUUGGAAAACGCCUGGAUAUAGUCUCGUUGAAUUGGGAAACCGUGUUUUUGAAUUUACCAUGGGGGAUAGGUCUCAUCCUCGGAGUCAGGAUGUGUAUGCACUGCUAGAGAAGAUCACGGAAUUGUUGAAGUUAGAAGGUUAUGUGCCUCAUACCACAAAUGUGCUUGCGGACAUAGAGGAAGAGGAGAAGGAACAAGCUUUGUCUUAUCAUAGUGAAAAAGUUGCAAUUGCUUUUAUGCUCUUGAAUACAGCACCAGGGACUCCAAUCAGGGUCGUGAAGAAUUUAAGAGUCUGCGCAGAUUGUCAUAUGGCUAUCAAACUCAUAUCAAAGGUUUAUGAUAGAGAGAUUGUUAUCAGGGAUCGUAGUCGGUUUCACCAUUUUAGAGGUGGUUUUUGUUCCUGUAAAGACUACUGGUAAUGACAUCUUGUGAGUACAAUGCUGUAUUGUUUUUGAGGUAACACUUGGUGAUUAGAUAUAGAGGCAGUGAGACAUGGCUGAAGAUUUUGCUAACUUGCAGUCAUUUUCAGUAAAUACUUUCUAUUGUAGGAAAGCCCCUUUCUCCUCACAUGCAUAAGUUGCUUAACAUCAAAAGAUGUUACAUGUCACAUUCAAAGAAAUUAUUUUAUGCUUCGUUAUUAAUGACAUUUGUCACACACCAUUUAUUUGGAAAAAACAGGGUAUUGGCAGAGCUAAGACUUGCAUCAUUUCA